UGUGGUGGUGCGUACGUACCGAUAAUGCUGCCUUACCCUAACUGCCACCUUCAGAGAGCUUUGCUGUGACGUAAUUACACCUAACAACGUGCUUUUUCUCCAGCAAAACCAAUGCACAUUUAUUUUGCUUGGGUGUGAUCAUUGAAGAAAGAGCAGCAACCAAUAUAUAAACACCACUACAUAACAUUUAUCUUUAUUCCGACUAUCUUUUCCGUUCUCUUGUCCACAGUCAACACACCUUCGACCGCAAGAACAACAUCGACGACAGCUUAUAAAACGAGACCCUCUCCUGCAGUGCUUACCAUUUGCAAGCAACCAUGGUUAAAACAGUGGCCACUUUAGAUGAUUUGUGUAAGGAACUACGCGAGGUUUUCGAUAGUGAUCGUGUUAACAUCGAAGAAGUUAAGUCUCUGAUGGAGUCUUACAAAAGCAACCCAAAAGAAUGGAGGAAAUUUGCCAAAUUCGAUCAACAUAGAUAUACUAGAAAUCUUGUAGAUGAAGGAAAUGGUAAAUAUAACCUGAUGAUCCUCUGCUGGAAUGAAAGCCAAGGUAGCAGCAUCCAUGCCCAUUCAAAAUCUCAUUGUUUCCUCAAAGUUUUGUUAGGAACUGUUAAAGAAGAGCAGUUUGAAUGGCCCUCAGACGCCAGAGAGGAAGCAGAAAUGAACAAAAAAGAAGAGGCAAUUUAUGGAGAAAACUCUGUUACUUACAUCAAUGACUCUAUUGGACUUCACCGGAUGGAAAAUCAUAGCCAUAGUGACAAAGCUGUCACCUUACACCUGUACUCACCACCAUUUCGUAGCUGUAAAACAUUUGAUGAAAGAACUGGACACAUGAGCGUUGCUCCAAUGACAUUUUGGUCCAAAUAUGGAAAGAAAAUUCCGCAAAAUGACCCUUCAACCCAGGAUGACGGUGUCAUUGAAGUAACAGAGAACAACUAAAGCUUCUACCAUGAUCCACUUUUUUGAUGCUGAAAAUAAUUAAAAGCUAUCUUCUUAUUCAAAUGUGUCAAACAGAUUAAAAACCUUAUAUUAUUAUUCUUUUAUUACUCCAAUCAGCUCUAUAAGAAUGUGUGUAUGCUCUACUUCUACCUGACUUUAAUCCAACUAACAUAAUAUCUUUGUUGCUAUAUUCAUUUUAA